GAGUAACAGUGUGUGAGGGGUCUGUAAGGAGAAAUGUGUAUGUGCAGUCAAUACAUAAAUCUGUUUUUCUGCUGUUGAAAAAGGUGAAAAAUCAGAGAGAGAAGGACUCAGAGAGAGAUUUGUAGGUGAUGAGAGAAAGAGUGAAAGGACCAGAUAGUCAGGUCUCAUUCCUCAGGCCGCCCUCCUCCCCUCGAUCACUCACCCUUUUUCUCCUCCUUCUGUCACUCCACUUUCCCCCUCUCUUUCUCGGGCUCGUUUUCGUCACUCUGCUGCCGCUGCCUGAAAACAGGUGGUUUCUCCUCCUGUUAGCAGGGGGGAUGUGGAAGAGAAAGCUGCAGAUCAGCAGGACUAGAGCCUCACGCAGGAACAGCACGGCUCCGGCUGAAAAAACAGAAGUUUUAAGUGAAGACCUGCUACAGGUGGAGAAACGUCUGGAGCUGGUCAAGCAGGUUUCCCACAGCACUCACAAGAAGUUGACCGCAUGUCUGCAGGGCCAGCAGGGUGUGGAUGUGGACAAGAAGUCUGUCAGGUCACCCUCGAAAAAGCUUCCUCUCACAACACUAGCACAAUGUAUGGUGGACGGAGCGGCAGUGCUCGGGGACGAGUCUCUUCUAGGGAAAAUGCUGAAACUCUGUGGCGAGACGCAGGACAGACUUGCUCAGGAGCUCAUCAUGUUCGAGCUCACCAUAGAGAGAGAUGUCAUCGAGCCUCUGUACGACCUUGCAGAGGUGGAAAUCCCAAAUAUCCAGAAACAAAGGAAACAUUUAGCAAAGCUGGUCCUGGACAUGGACUCUGCACGCACACGGUAUUAUCAGUCUACCAAGUCUUCAGGGCUGUCCAGCAACCUGCAGCCAACAGGAGCCAAGGCCGACCACCUCAGGGAAGAGAUGGAGGAGGCAGCCAACCGCAUGGAGAUCUGUCGAGAUCAGUUAUCAGCAGACAUGUACAGUUUUGUGGCCAAAGAAAUUGACUAUGCAAGCUACUUCCAGACACUGAUAGAAGCUCAGGCAGAGUACCACAGGAAGUCAUUAGAGCUGCUUCAGAGUGUUCUACCCCAGAUCAAAGCUCAUCAGGAGACCUGGGUGGAGAAACCGUGCUAUGGGAAACCAUUAGAGGAGCACUUAGCGCUCAGCGGGAGAGAUAUUGCCUUCCCCAUCGAGGCCUGUGUCACCAUGCUGCUGGAGUGCGGCAUGCAGGAAGAGGGAUUGUUCAGAAUCGCUCCCUCAGCCUCCAAACUGAAGAAGCUGAAGGCGUCUUUAGACUGCGGCGUUUUAGAUGUUCAGGAGUACUCCGCAGACCCACACGCCAUUGCAGGUGCUUUGAAGUCAUAUCUGCGGGAGCUCCCUGAGCCUUUAAUGACCUUUGAACUCUAUAAUGACUGGAUUCAGGCCUCCAACAUUCAAGAUCAAGACAAGAGACUUCAGGCUCUUCUCAACGCCUGUGAGAAACUACCCCCAGCCAACAACAACAACUUUAAGUAUUUGAUCAAAUUCCUCUCCAAACUGACUGAGUACCAGGACGUGAACAAGAUGACACCUGGAAACAUUGCUAUUGUCCUCGGACCCAACCUGCUGUGGACACACAACGAGGGUAACAUCACAGAGAUGAUGACGACCGUUUCCCUGCAGAUCGUCGGCAUCAUCGAGCCCAUCAUCCAGCACGCCGACUGGUUCUUCCCUGGAGAAAUCGAGUUCAACGUCACAGGGAAUUAUGGAAGCCCCGUCCACACUAACCAUAAUGCAUGCAACUACAGCUCGAUGCCGUCUCCUGACAUGGAUCAGAUCGAUCGCAAACAGAAUGACCAGAGCCGACGGCCACUCAGUGUCGCCACAGACAACAUGAUGCUGGAGUUUUAUAAGAAGGACGGCAUUAGGAAGAUACAAAGCAUGGGUGUCAGGGUGAUGGACACUUCUUGGGUGUCGCGCAGGGGCUCGUCGUCCACGCGUAAAACCUCCUCCACGCCACCGAGCGUGCACCCCCCCGUCCCGCCCACUGACGCUCUCGUCCCCGAGCAGCUUGGGGAAUUCUCCGCCUCCCCCUCCCCCACCCCUCCUCCCACUAGCAGCGACCGAGCCAGCUCGGAUGAUGCAUCCUCCAAUUGGUCGGACUCCUGUUACGCCUACCCCUCCCCUGAGGAGGAGAGGCCGCCUCCCCCUUACCCGUCUUCCUCGUCUUCCUCCUCCUCCUCUUGCUCUUCCUACUCGCUCCCUCACCACCACUUCUACGCCCGAGCACUCCUGGGUAUGCGUCCCGUCGCCCCAAGCCCCGAGUCCGUACCUCCUGGCCCGUCCCCCCCUCCCCGCCGCUCUGGCUACAGCCCACCCCCACUCCCUCACUCCCUCUGCCCGUCCCCUCAGCAGCUUGACGUAAACUCCAACCCCAAACCCAGCUCCCUGCACCUUCCCAAACAGGCCUCCCUGUCUGAUGCUCCGCAUGCGUCCCUGCCCGAAACGAAUGGCUCCACCCUUUACAUCAAACCCCCACUCGUUCUUACUCGUCACGAUCUGUUCCUGGGCUCCCCCAAACCCCCCAACACUCCCCUCUCUGCUCCCCCUCCAUGGGCAGCCUGUGCCUGUAGCCGAGAGAGAGGAGCCAAGCUGACUAGUACGCUGAAGAACAAGGAGCUGUCCCCAGUGAUCGGACAGAAGGGAAUCCAGGGAGCAGUGACCUCUACUGGACAGUCGCAGCACUCUGAGCACAGCCCACACACCCUGAGGAGAGCCAAGAAGCUGGCCCCGAUCCCACCCAAAGGGCCUUACUGCCAGACAGGAGCCAUGUCCGACCAGUCGACAGGUCAACCGUCUCCGGUCAGCUUGUCGCCCACGCCUCCCAGCACCCCCUCCCCAUACGGCUUCAGUUACCCACAGGGAUACGCCACCAUCGGCUCCCCAGGUCAGGCCCAGACAGCCACCACCCCGUCUCUCUCCUCUCCACCCUCACUGGCCGGGACCCUCACCAAGGCCAGGCCCACUCCCAAGCCGCCCCGGCAGAGGCCCAGCUUACCUCCUCCUCAGCCCCCCACCACCCCCGGCACGAGUCCCCAGCCUCUGGAGCAUUCAGCGGGUCUCCUGGAUGGUUUGUCUCCUGGGGAAAGCAUGUCCACAGAUUCCCUCUGCAACUUGGACAUCCCCGUCAUUAACAUGGAAUUGGACGGUAUUUUUGACUUGCCCCACAUCUCCCCCUUCAGGAACUCAGUGGCGCUGCUCGGGCUGACCAACAACAGAGCGGAGUCGGAGGAAGAGUCUGAGAGCACAGUGCUAUGAUGCCACUGAGUUUCCCUCCCCUUCUCUCCCUCCCUCUCCGCCGGCUGAUUAAAUGAAACACAAUGCUACUGCUGCACCGUGUCGUUCAAAACCUCCACGCUAAACUCAUUGACCUUUCACCUCUCCAGCUGGAUCUCAUUGUCACGCCUCACCUGUACUCAAUCCAGACGGGCGGACUUGUAAAAAAAACAAACAAACAAAAAAAAAAAGCGCUACUACACAGUAAAAUAACAAAAAAAUGACAGCUAAAAGAAAUACUCACAAUCAUAGGAGGUGUUAGCGACAGUGUGGUCAGGGGACCUUUGAUCAGACACACAGUUUGACAUUUUUUGUUGGCUGGAUUUUUUUUUUUCCUUAAAUUAAACAUUUUAUGUUUCUUUUUUGCCUUAUUUGAUUCACUUGCAAUAUUGCCUUUAACUUCACAUAUGAGACUGGAGACAGGCUGCCGGGAGGAACGAGUGCUCUUUGCUGCUGCUUCUCAUGAGUGACUUUUAGAGGGAAGAACAACACAGUACUGUACAUGUGUCCUGCUGACACCCAGGCUUUCUUCUUCCUCCUUUCUUUCUUUCUUUCUUUCUUUCUUUUCUUUUCUUUCUCCUUCAUUCCUCAGGGGUGUCAGUUGAGAAUUCCUCGCUCUGGCAUGUGGUGGCAACAACCCCCCGAAUUUCUGUCCCACCUGAGCGUUCACUGUGAGUGUGCCAGUAUGUCGUUUUGGAAAGUGUGUGUGUGUGCGUGUGUGUUUUGUUAGUGUGUGAUGUGUUUGGUAAUUGUACUAUAUGAUGUUGCACUGUUGGUGUCGUGGAGCAUAAACAGGAAUGCAUGUUUUAGAUAUUUAGGAAAAAUAACAACCAGGUUUGCAACGAGGUUCAACGCCCAGUCACAGUUUUUCUCUAUAUUUACAUGGCAUUCGAUCAGGAUAUCAGUCACUGAGUAUUUAUUGUUUAUACUGUACAUUUUCAGAGUAUAUGAUGUGAUUAUAAAUUGAAUCAAAUCAUAUUUUGUAUCCACAGGAGAGCUAUAAGAUAACACUUCUUUCAGAUAGAAUAUAGUCAAUGCUGUCAGGGAGAUAUCAAAUAUAUAUAAUUUAUGAAAGGUCCAGGAAGCUGAAAAAUGAAAAACUCCAUUUUAUUACUCAUAAUUAUUUUUGGCAGUGAGCAAAGUUAACAUGGGAUUUUUUCCUUGGGGAGUUUGAUAAACGGAAAGACAAGAAUGUGGAGCCUGGAGCGUGCCACCAGAACAUUUACUUGAAUCGAUAUUUAAAGGUGCUGUAUGUAAGCGUUUACUAUUGCUACAUAGCCAACAAUAGCAUCAACAAUGGUUUACUUACCAAUCCAGAAGAAACAUUGAGUUCAGCAUCAAACUUCAUUCCUUUACUCACCAAGAACUGCCUCCACUAAUGGAAAACAAAGCUUUAAGCUGUUAUCUCUUGUUUUGCUUAUAUUUCUAUCACUUCUUUUCUACUGAAGUUAGCAUGCUAAACCAGCUUGCCCUGGCCCAUCCCGUCUUGUAAUUCCACUUUGUGACAGUGAGUCAGUAUGAUCCAGUCUGCCCUCAGUCCAACAUGAGAGAAUGAAGAAGCAGCGCUUCCUAGAGGGGCGUAUUCCAACCUAUUCUUUGGCUGAAACUCAGCUCAGCUGUUAAUGUUAACAUUGCAUGCAAUGUAGCAAUACCAAAAAUGUACAUAUAGCAUCUUUAAAUUAAGUCAGAAUAAAAUGAGUACACCUUUGUUAUAUAUUUUAUUGAUUUGUGUAUUUAAAUUAUGCCACAUGUUAGCAGCAAUUUUCAAACCUAGAGAUACAUAAUUUUAAUCAAGGUAACAGUUUGUGUCAUUUGGUCGCACAGUUUAUAACUUAUUUUUAUUAAAACUUACAACUUAUGUUUUUUUCCCUGGUGAGUUAUCUUAGUGUCCCCCUUGCUGAAUGUAAGUCCAGUAUUCUCUCUCUUUUAGCUGUUUUUGGUCUCCACCUCCUGAGGGAAAUAUCUGGCUCUUUAGCUGCUAAAUGCUCCGCUGUGUUCACCUAUAUGUAGCCACAAACAACACUAUGAGAGUGAUGAGUUAAAUUUAACAGGACUUUUUUAAUUGAUCGAAUUUUAAAUGAUUAUAGCUAAAAAAGUAAAAGUAUAAAAUUGCUGGUGGCACACGUCAGGUUCAGUGUGGGAGAAUCAUCCCUGGUGAGGUGUUGUCAGAGCAAACAGGCACAAGAUUUUGUCCUCGUGCCCUGAGGUAUUUUAACAUCCCAUCAUAUCAUAACAAAGAACUGAAAACUGUCUUGACUCACUCCCAGAAAAAAAAGGUGCUAUUCCUGUCAAAAACUAAAACCCCUGCAGCCCCAGUGGUAAAAUAAGCACACUUUUUUUUCUGUCAGUGCAGUUUCACUUAAAGCCACCUCCCUCCAUCGCAGUUUACAGGAACCCUGUCUGAUGAUGCUGAUAUUUUUGGUCUAUAUUAGUGAACCAGAGGCAAGUGCAAAGAUAUGUGUAUAUGUGUUUAUUUUGAUGAGAGUAUUUAUACAGAUAUAUUUCUGAAUACUUUUUACUAGGUCUGAGGAGUUGUGAUUGUUUCCACUACACAUGAAUCUCAGCUGAGGAUUUAAAAAAAAAGAAAAAAAAAGAAAGCAUUCUAACAUGGGACCAGAAUUUCCCUGCUGUCGCAUUUAAAAACCUUUUCAGGAAUCAGAACGUUCAGUUUAAGGGGAAAACUUGAAAAUCAGUAAAACUGGAGUAACGAGGUUUGCGUAUGACAGCAGCAGUUUGUUAUUUGCCUUGCGGUGGGUUUUGUUGUGACCUAUCCAGAUUUGUAAAGAGUUUCCUUUUUGUCCUGAGAACAUCCACUACACAUGGCCUCAAAGUCACUGUGCUGCUCUACCAUCGUCUUUCUUUUAAAGUGCGAUAUUACUCACAGGACUUUUGUAAAUACUGAAACCUCUGUACAUACAUGUUCUGUAUAUACUGACAGGGGAGAAAUUUAAAUAUAUAUAUAUAUAUAUAGACAGAUAUUUACAAAUAUUGUAUUGAAAAAUAUAAAUGAUGAUGAACAUUAUAACAUUAUACUGUACAUAUAAUAUUAUAAUGUUGCUGGUUGUAGCACAAUAUUUCCACUGACACAAAAUAACAUCAAGUAGACUUGGCACAGUAAAACUUUAAAAUGGUACAGUAGAUCUCAUGGCUCUGUCGUAGGGUUAAAUCUAGUAUAGAUUUUCUAAAUAAAACAGCUGAUAGUGCUUGUGUUGCAGAUUCUUGAUGAAGAAUUAACCUCUUGAACCCUGAUCACAGCUUCACAGUCAGAACAAACUGUUGAAUAAUAACUCAUUUUAAUUCUGUAUAUGUUGGUUCCAACUCGACACUGCAGCUACGUAAUGCUAGAGGAUGUCUUGUGCAUUAAUUUUCUACAUUUUCCCACAGUUCAACCUGACAUAGAAUUUAAAUUAAUUUUCUGUGGGUUUAUGUAAGGCUUAUUAGUACAACCUGCAGCUGUAAUGAUCGAUCAGUCACAGGGUCUAGCAGGGGUUUAAGAGGUUAAGAGAGACAGCAGACAGACAGCAGAUAAUGAAUCUACUCAGAUGACUGAAAACAGAUACUGUAUCUACACAGCUAUGUCCUUCAUAUUAGAUGUUAGAUAAGGAUUUUAAAAUGAGAACAUACAAAAAAUUGUCCACAAGCAUAAAAGCUACCAGAUCAAAAGCAGAUCGGAAAGAAUAAAAAAAAACAUUUUCUACAACUUAGGGCUGCAUUUAAUGAUUAUUUUGAUCAUUGAUUUGCUUGAAAAUAGUGAAAAAUGGCUGAAGUGCUGUAAUCAAAUUGCUUUUUUGUCCAACACUUCAAAAUGUAUACGUAUACAGUUUUCUAUCACAUAUAAUGAAGAAAAGCUGUAAAUCCUCACAAUACUGAAGCUGAUACAAGAAAAUAUGACAUCUUUGAUUGAAAGUGAUUGAUCAUCAAAAUAGUUCUAAAUGAUUUUUUCAUCCAGACAAAUCAAUUAAUCACUCUACUACGCACCAGGUAAUGGAUUUAAUCAGAUCCUCCAGCUGAGUUUAAACCAGUACAGCAUAAAAUGCUAUCACCAGUAUUUAUAAUUUUAAUAUUUAAAAGAAAAACUGUUUUUUAAAGAAGUUGUUGUUGCAGUUAGGCUGUGCUGAGGUGAAUGGUCUGUCUUGUCUUUGUCUGGAUUUCUGUGUAACAAUGUGCUGCUCUUUGUUUUUGUACUAAAGGGUUUCAGAUCAAGGCUUGUACAUACAGUAUUAAUCAAAAACAACUUUAUUAACAGCAACACUGUUGAUCAGAGACAGUCAGGAGAGACAGUUUCCAGUGUUACAGAUUUUUGCAAGCAUGCCCUUUGAGCACUUAGGCCUUUUUUUGGGAAAUUAACAGGUGGAAUGUACCAGUGAUAGACAACGUUCACCUCAUAGGUUGUGAUACAGGCGAAUUGUUUGUGUUGUGAACAGUAGUAAAAGAGGGUGGAGGGGUAUUUGAUUUUUUAAAAGUUUGUAAGUCCUAAUUUUAGGGGGAGGAGGGUGUUUGAUUCGACAUUGUCCUGUGUGAAAAUCGGCAGCAUGCUUUUUAACCAUGCCUAUGAAAUAUGUCUCAUCUUUGGUCCUAUCUAAAUGUGCUUGUAUUUAUUUUUUAUAAGUGAAUAGAUUGACCUUUGCAAGAGAAGAUUAACUCAGUGCUCCCCUCGACCUUUUUUAGUCAAAACUCCCCAUCAAUUCUGCCAUCGACAUGUUUGAAUCAUUCAUGAUUUACUGUUUGUCUUCACCUUGUAUCCUCUGUGUUACAUUAAUACAGUAUGUUUCACCCGUUUUAUUUAUAGCAAGCAAAAAGAAAAAGCACAUCAGACUCAGAACAGUGACCAAUAUCAGAAAAUAAGUCUUCAUGACGUGAUAGAAGACUCUGCCCAGAACACUGCACUCUCAGAGGACUUAAAUCUGCUGAAAAAUUUGUAUAAAUUCACACUGAAAUCAUAAAACAAGCAAAGAAUAAUAAGUUUGUUUUUACCUGCACAGUUUGUAGAUUACACUGUGGUGCAUGCAGCCAUUGCAAGUACAUUUCCAAUCAUCUUUUCUUUUUUCUUUUUUUGGUUUUUGUUUAAGUUCCAAGUAAUGGGGGCCAAAGUAAAAAGGGAACACAUAAGUGAUCAAGGAAUCUUUUUAGACUUAAAAGUUCUUUGUGUCAAACUGUAGUGAUGCUGUGGACUCUUAAAAGUUUGGAGUGAAAAGGAAAUGCCUUUUCUUGGACAUGCUAUCUCCCGGUCACCAAGUGGAACACAGUGUAAGAUAAAAGUGAAAAAAAAAAAGACAAAUCCUCAUCCGAAUGUUGAAACUAUUAAAAAAUGUUUUUAUAUUA